CUGGCUGCCUCUGUCGUCCCAGCUGUCUAAAGGAGCGUCUCCUGCCUGUCCCCACCCCCCGGCCCCCUGCCCUCCUCCAGGACUAGCUGGGAUGUUGUUCUCCAGUGGGAAGGAACGUCCAGCUGGAUAUCCUCUGAGAAGAGCAGGCCUGUCACCGCUUCUCCCUGGAGAUGGCCCACAACCCUCCCUCAGGGCACCAUCAACAUGAACCAGUGCACAGACGUGGUGGAUGGGGAGGGCCGAACGGGCCAGAAGUUCUCCCUGUGCAUUCUGACCCCCGAGAAGGAGCACUUCAUCCGGGCAGAGACCAAGGAGAUCAUCAGCGGGUGGCUGGAGAUGCUCACGGUCUAUCCCAGGACCAACAAGCAGAACCAGAAGAAGAAGCGGAAGGUGGAGCCCCCCACACCACAGGAGCCAGGGCCGGCCAAGGUGGCUGUCACCAGCAGCAGCAGCAGCAUCCCCAGUGCCGAGAAGGUGCCCACCACCAAGUCCACCCUCUGGCAGGAAGAAAUGAGGGCCAAGGACCAGCCCGACGGGAGCAGCCCGAGUCCGGCUCAGAGUCCCAGCCAGAGCCAGCCUCCUGUGGCCGGCACCCUGAGGGAGCCAGGGCUGGAGAGCAGAGAUGAGGAGGGCACCACAGGCAGCGAGCGUGCGGACUGUGGCCGCAAAGUCCGGGUGGAGAGCGGCUACUUCUCGCUGGAGAAGACCAAGCAGGACGUGAAGGCCGAGGAGCAGCUGCCGCCGCCGCUCUCCCCACCCAGCCCCGGCACUCCCCCCAACAGGUACAGUGGCUCCGGCCCGCCCUCCAGGGAGCUUGGCCGCCCCCUUCCUCCCCCAGGUCCUCAGCCCUCUGGCCGAACCGUCUGCAGUGGCUCCUUCAGCUCCCUGGACACAGCCCACCGGCCCCCUGCCCACGUGGACUCCGGCAGCGCUGGGGGGCGGGGUGCAGAGAGACCGGGGCGCACCUCUGCCUUUAAAGCCAGCAGGCAGUAUGCCACCCUGGCCGACGUCCCUAAGGCCAUCAGGAUCAGCCACCGAGAAGCUUUCCAGGUGGAGAGAAGGCGGCUGGAGCGUAGGACCCGGGCCCGAAGCCCUGGGAGGGAAGAGGUGGCCCGUCUGUUUGGCAGCGAGCGGAGGAGGUCCCAGGUAAUAGAGAAAUUUGAGGCCUUGGACAUCGAGAAGGCAGAGCACAUGGAGACCAACGCGUCAGCCGGGCCCUCGCUGUCAGGCGACACUCGCCAGGGCCGGAGCGAGAAGAGGGCCUUCCCCCGGAAGCGGGACCUCCCCAGCGAAGCUCCUCUCCCGGACGCCUCGGCCUCCCCCCUGUCUCCACAGCGAAGAGCCAAGUCACUGGACAGGAGGUCCACGGAGCCCUCCCUGACGCCCGACCUGCUGAACUUCAAGAAAGGCUGGCUGACCAGGCAGUAUGAGGAUGGCCAGUGGAAGAAACACUGGUUUGUCCUUGCUGAUCAAAGCCUGAGGUUCUACAGGGACUCGGUGGCUGAGGAGGCGGCCGACUUGGAUGGGGAGAUCGACUUGUCUACAUGUUACGAUGUCACGGAGUACCCAGUGCAGAGAAACUAUGGCUUCCAGAUCCAUACAAAGGAGGGCGCCUUCACCCUCUCCGCUAUGACGUCUGGAAUCCGGCGGAAUUGGAUCCAGACCAUCAUGAAGCACGUCCACCCGAUCUCUGCCCCAGACGUGACAAGCUCGCUGCCGCAGGGCAAAGACCGGAGCAGCUCCCCCUCGGAGACGAGGCUGCGGGAGAAGCAGGACGGGGAGCCCGGGGAGCCAGACCCCGAGCAGAAGCGGAGCCGGGCCCGUGAGCGCAGGCGGGAGGGCCGCUCCAAGACCUUCGACUGGGCCGAGUUCCGCCCCAUCCAGCAGGCCCUGGCCCAGGAGAGAGCCGGCGCCCCGGGGCCUGCCACCCCCCGGCCCGAGGCGGAGCCCGGCGAGCUGGAGAGGGAGCGUGCGCGGCGGCGGGAGGAACGGCGCAAGCGCUUUGGGGCGGUGGACGCGGCCGACGGGCCCAGCAUCGACGACACGGCCCUGCGCAUGGAGGUCGACCGGGGCCCGGGGCUGCCCGCGACCGCUGACCCCAGGACCCAGAACGUGCACGUGGAGAUCGAGCAGCGGUGGCAUCAGGUGGAGACCACCCCCCUCCGGGAGGAGAAGCAAGUGCCCAUCGCCCCCCUGCACUUGUCCUCCUCCGAGGAUGGAAGCGACCGACUGUCCACUCCCGAGCUGACCUCUGUGCUGGAGAAGGAGUUGGAGCAGAGCCAGAAGGAGGCCUCAGACCUUCUAGAGCAGAACCGGCUGCUGCAGGACCAGCUGAGGGUGGCUCUGGGCCGGGAGCAGAGCGCCCGGGAGGGCUAUGUGCUGCAGACUGAAGUGGCCACCUCCCCGUCCGGCGCCUGGCAGAGGCUCCACAGAGUCAACCAGGAUCUGCACGGCGAGCUGGAGGCCCAGUGCCAGCGCCAGGAGCUCAUCACGCGGCAGAUCCAGGCCCUGAAGCGCAGCUACGGGGAGGCCAAGGACGCGAUCCGGCACCACGAGGCCGAGAUCCGGAGCCUCCAGGCGCGGCUUGGCAAUGCCGCCGCCGAGCUCACCAUCAAGGAGCAGGCGCUGGCCAAGCUCCAGGGCGAGCUGAAGCUGGAGAAGGACAAGGUCCGCGAGCAGCUGGAGGAGCGGCAGCACAGCGAAGCCGCGCUCAGCGCCCAGCUGCGCGCCAGCGAGCGGAAGCUCCAGAGCGCGGAGGCCCUGCUGCUGGGGAGGACGCAGGAGCUGCGGGACCUGCAGAGGCAGCAGGCGCUGCAGCGGGACCGCCAGAAGGAGGUGCAGCGGCUGCAGGAGCGCAUCGCCGACCUCAGCCAGCAGCUCAGCGCCAGCGAGCGGGCCCAGAGGCUGAUGGAGGAGAAGCUGCAGCGGAACUACGAGCUGCUGCUGGGGAGCUGUGAGCGGGAGAAGCGGCAGCUUCUGCAGAGCCUGAAGGAGGCGGAGGACAGGGCCAGCGCCUUCGAGGACCGGCUCCAGGACCACGAGCAGCAGAUGGAGGUCCUGCAGAAGGAGAAGCUGAGCGCCAAGUCCGAGGGCAGCGAGGCAGUGCGCCGGCUGGAGGAGCAGCUGGAGAGGAAGGAGGCCAGCAUCCAGAAGCUGGCCGAGCACGUCCAGAGCCUCCGAGACGAGCGGGACCUGAUCCGGCAGCGCUUCCAAGAGCUGAUGGGCCGCGUCACCUCGUCCGACGGGGACGUGGCUGCGCUGCAGGAGCAGCUGAAGGGGAGGGAGGCCGACUACCAGAGCCUGGAGCGCUCCUACGGGAGGGUGGCCAGCCAGCUCCAGGGCGCGCACGCGCGGCUCCGGGAGAAGGAGGAGGAGCUGAGGCGCGUCCAGGACGCGCACGCGCAGGCGCUCGAGGGGAAAGAGCGGGAUCUCCAGGACGUGCUGGUGAAGACGGCUGCCUUGGGGAGCAGCUCAGAGGAAACAGAAGUGAAGCCCCAGGCAAAGGAAGAGAUCGUAAGGCAGUUUGCCAGGGAGUCCUCGGAGGACGCCGAGGAGCCACGGAGCUCCUUGGAAGAAGCCGAGGAGGAGGACGGCGCCGCACGUUCGGGCCCGCAGCUCCAGGCUGCCGGCGCACCUCCGGGGGCUGCCCUGGGGGAGGGGCACAGGGACAGCAGCCCCAGGAGAGAAGAGAGCCCAGUGCCCCCAAGGUCGGAAGCGUCCGACAGGGAGGGGCACCUGCAGAGCACCUCAAAACCCGACCAGGGAGCACCCGGCCUUAAGAGGCAAAGAAUCCGGUUCUCCACAAUCCAGUGCCAAAAGUACACCCACCCUGACGGGUCUGAGAGGACCUGGGCCAGCAGCACAUCCUCUGACACCAGUCAGGACCGCUCGCCCUCGGAGGAAAGCAUGUCGUCGGAGGCCACCCCCGGCUCGCUCCCAGCGACCAGCGACUCGGACACCUACCUUUCCAUCAUCCACUCCCUGGAGACCAAGCUCUACGUCACCGAGGAGAAGCUCAAAGACGUGACGGUGAAGCUGGAGAGCCAGCAGGGCCAGAGCCAGGAGGCCCUGCUGGCUCUGCACCAACAGUGGGCUGGCACCGAGGCGCAGCUGCGCGAGCAGCUCCGUGCCAGCCUGCUCCAGGUCGCCGCGCUGGCCUCCCAGCUGGAGCAGGAGAGACAGGCGAGGGCGGAGGUGGUUGAGAACCACGUCGAGGAGCUCGGUGACUUCCAGGCGAAAAACAGCCAGGCCCUGGCUUGCCUGGAAAGCUGCCGAGAACAGCUGCGGUCUCUGCCGGGUGACGCAGGGGCGGGGCUCCUGGCCGGCCUGGAGAGCUUGCUGGUCGGCGCCAUCCAGGCCCUGUGUCACCAGCCGGCUCCCCCAGGGGAGGCGGGCUUCUUGGGGGAAGAGAAGGCGGCCUCACGGCAGCCAGCACCCCUGCCGGAGCCAAGCGAGCAGGAACAGCUCCAGCUCCUUUCUGAUCAGAUAGCCCUGGAGGCCACGCUGAUAGGCCAGAUAGCAGACUCGCUGAGGAACGCAAGCUCGGAUGUCUCGCACGUGCUCCUCGAAGUCUCUCAGUCCGGAAAGUGGCCGCUGGAGUCCGAAAGUGCCGUGGCCUGUCCUGGGGCCCCAGUGGAUGCCUGGGCCAAGAAGGUGCUGGUGGAUGGAGAGUUCUGGAGCCAGGUCGAGUCCCUGAGCCGGCACCUGGAGACGCUGGGCGGAGAGGCAGCCAGUGCCUCGGGAGGUGGGCAGCCGAGCGCCCCGCCAGCCCCGGUCCCCGCCCUGGCCGACGCCACGUGGGUCAGGGCGGAGCUCAGCCUCGCCGUGCAUUCGGUGAGGGGGUCCCUCCACCGCAGGCUGCAGAGCAUCCAGGAGACCCUCCAGGGCACACAGGCAGCCCUGCAGCAGCACAAGCGCAUGCUGGGGGAGAUCCUAGGGGCCUACCAGACACCCGACUUCGAGAGAGUGAUGCUGCAGGUCUCGGAAACCCUCCAGCUUCCAGCAGGUGCCGGAGACGGUGUCCAGGUGUCCUGGACUGGGAGCCCGCCGGAAGAAGUACCGAGUCAUCAGGACCCAGCUGGCUCGCCGGCUCUCUGUCCCUUGUCCAGCCAGAGCUCUGGGGCCUUGGUUGCUAUUCAGGAAGAGCUCGCCCUGCAGCUUAAAGAUAAGGCCAGUCUGUUGGGAGAGAUCUCUGCCACUUUAACCUCACUUCUGUCUGUGGAGGCAGCGCGAGACUGUCAGAAGCUUCUCCAGGCAUCCCGGCAUCUCUCCCGUAGCGCUUGCCUGGGAGGCCUCGGCCAGUAUUCUUCCUUGUUAGUUCAGGAUGCGAUUAUUCAGGCUCAGGUGUGUUACACAGCCUGCAGGAUCCGGCUGGAGUAUGAAAAGGAGCUCCGGGGCUACAGGGAGUCCUGGUCGGGCAGUGGGGCCUCCUGUCAGGGGCAGGAGCAAGCGGUGGGGGCCCUGAGGGAGGAGUACGAGGAGCUUCUCCGCAAGCAGAAGAGCGAAUACCUGGAGGUGAUCGCCGCCAUUGAACGGGAGAACGCGGAGCUCAAGACCAAGGUCGCCCAGCUCGACCAGCAGCAGAGGCGUCCGGAAGAGGGGCAGCGUGAGCGCGGCGAGAGCCUGGCUGCCCCACGAGGGUGGUCUGAGGAGCGGGAGGUCAGCUGCACAGGGGAGCGGCUGAGCCGGGCGGAGGGUGCGCCGCAGGCUGUGCGCGGCAGCGUCCUGAGCUGGCUGGAUGCUGUGGCCGGGGACAGGCAGGACCUGGAGAGGCAGCCUGGGGGCCAGGUGCAGACCCUGGAGGACAAGUUCCAGCUCAAGAUCAGGGAGCUGCAGGCCAUCCACGAGGAGGAGCUGCGGGCCCUGCAGCAGCACUACUCUCAGACGCUGCGGUGCCUGCAGGAGACCCUGCACCACUACCGGGGGCGGCCCCCUGCCGCCCCACCAGCCCACGGACCCCCGUCCCCCAGCCGGCCAGCUGAGGCGGGGGCCGACUCCGUGAUGGGGCUGAAGGAGCGCGUCCAGGAGUUGGAGGCCCAGGUGGACGUCCUGCGGGAAGCGCUGGAGCACAAGGACCUGGCGGGUGGCGCGGCCUCACUGCGGGAAGAGCGCCAGAGGGACUUUGAGAGCCUCAAGGUUUCGAAGCAGAGCGGUCGGGGGGCGUCCAGUGCAGGCGGAGCUGGGACGCGGUUCUUGGCUCCAAGUCAGCGAACAGCAGCAGGAGCUGAUGGGCUGCUCCCCGCCGACCUCCCACUGGCGGCGGUGGGGUCCCAGCAGGGCCUGGCGAGGCAGGGUGGUGGGGAAGCUCCCCCUGCCCCCAUCUCCAGCUGUGCAGACCUGGACCUGGGGAGGGUCCUCGCCUUCCAGCUGUCCCCGGAGAGCAGAGUGGGGCUUCCCAAAGGCUAGAAUGUUUGCAGUGGGGUGUUGAGGGCCACUCCCGCCCCAGUUCUGUGGGGACAGACGUCUGGUGGGAACCCUGCGUGGGAACAGCUGCUCUUACAGGGAGCACAGCCUUAUUUGCUCCAGGGGUUUUGAGAAGUGACCUUCCCACCACACCCCCACCCCGUUUCACACCCACCUUGGUAGACAGGAUUCCCAGGCCCUGGCGCAUCAAGGUGACGUUUCAGGCCCUGGGGCGUCGGGCUGUGUGGCGCCAUCAAGGCAGCCUGGGCUCUGGGCCUCGUCCUCUCGGGCUUCUCGCCACCCCUUGAGCUGCAUCCAGUAGACGCCAGGCUCCUCCCGUGCCCUCAGUCCCCAGCCCCGUCCUCCAGCUGUGAGCCGGCACUGCGUCCAGUACUGAGGGCGGCCUGGCGCUGCUGCGACAAGCAGGCGGGCCAUUAGUACCUGCCAGGCCAUUUCCACUGCUCUUUUCCCAAGUCAGUCCAAACCUUUUGAAGGCUAUUCUGGAUCCCAAGGAAGCUUCAAGGGCUGUUGGAAAGUGCCGCACGGUCCCCGUGCGGCCAGCGCAUGCCAGUGCCACAUUGAAAGUAACUUCCCGGCCGCUUCCCACAACACCCAGCGCGUCUGCGCAGCAGGCAACUUAGACAAGGCCCAGACUGGCCCUCACGCCCAUCGGCACGCACCUGGGAGGAAGGAAAGCCCUGUGCCGACACUGGGGGCAGGCUCUGCCCCGGCGGUGAUGCAGGCUGGGGCUUGGAUGCUGCCUGCUGUGGGCGGCAUCCUCUGUCCUGUGCCUAUUCUUGUUGGGCCCUGUGAGACACGCAGAAAUUACAACCAAACCGCGCUCUCGGGGCCCGGCUGACAGCUGUUACUUGUGCAGAUUUUUGCCCAGGUCAGGGAGACUGGGGUCUUGGCCUGAGGGCCCCUCUUCUGACAGCUGAAGGCUGGUGCUUUUUCUCAUGACUCUGCACAGUGGUUGCCGAGGAACUUUGAUCGAUCCCAGGGAUUACUGGCUUAAAAAUUAGAUUAAUCGUUUUUUAAACACAUAUACUCUCCAAGGAAGCAGCCAGUCUUUAAAGACACCUUAGUGUUUCUGUAGGAAGAAUUUUGACCCUUAUCUUUAUUCUAAAGCCCUCAAAUCAAACUAAGACCUCGCAGCUAUGUGUUAACCAAGAGUCCACGUUGAACCACAGCGUGCGAGAGGGCAGCGCUAGGACCCUCCAGUGUCCUGGGGUGUGAGGGCAGUGAGAGGAGACAGCAGCUUCCAGGUGCAGCCCCUGCAAGAAGAAACGCCCAGUGAGUGGCGGAUAGCACUUAAGACCACUUCCCCAGUGAAGCAAAUCUGUCGCAGGGAAGUCCAGACUCUGACCGUGAGUUUGAAAAAUACUGACUGGAGAGUCUCAGAAGGGCCUCUCAGUCACCGUGGGGGCUGAGACAGAGGUGCCUGUACACGGAGGCUGGAUUUCUUGGUACCCUUUCUUGAUCCAUGUGCAAGUACAGGAUUGGGAGGGGGAUCCCACCCAUACUUGGAUUUGGAAUUAACAUGGCCACAUUCUUCAAGUUUUUAAGGAUCAGUGAAAGGCGCGAUCCCUGCCUUGAAACGGAUGUUGCAAGGGAUUUAGACAAGAAAUGUGCCUCCACGCACAAAACAGCCCCUCAUACCCACCCCAUCGACGAGACCAACUCUGAUAAGCCAGGCCUGUGUUACUACACAGUGAGGGUGUGUGGGGUGGUCUGAGCCCUUCUUGGGUCAUGCCUGUGUCCUUCCCCACACCCAUGUCUAGGCCAAACACCACGCCAGGCUGCAGCAAGGCACAGACAGGUUUGGAGAGCGGCUCUUCCAUCGUGGGUCUUGGUACAGUUAGCAGAGGCACUCGUUAAUUAGUGCCCCCUCUUUGUACUCCUUCCGAAGGAAAAGGGAAAGUCGUACACCCUAACCUAAUUUCCUCAGUGGACGCCUGAGAGAUUCAGUGACCCGGUGAGGGCGGCCAGCUGGGCAGUGGCAGGGCUGGGCCCCCUGGCUCCGUGCACUGGGCUACCCACUACCCGUCACUCACAGGAUGGCCUUGGCUCCCUGCAGCUGACAAAGACAUUACUGUUCAUGACUGUGCUUGAUGCCCAGUGUGUGACGGUGCUGAGCGCGUCUGGCUGUGAAACUCAGACCGGACGCGGCCAGCCUCUGCCCGUUCACUCUGUCCUCCCCCCUCCUGUCGGUCCAUAAAGGUCCAGGAUUGGCUAUUUUAAAUUCCACUGCGGCCUUUUCCUGCCCACGAUACCAACUCUUUCUACAGAGAAAUGGGAUUCACAACAACCACAGAAAUCAGGCACCCUUAUCUGAGUGCUCUGGGAGCAUAAAACACGCCGGAGCAGAGUGAGUCUCCAGACAGCUGGCGCGGUGCUCAGCUCGGGAGAGCACCUUCUCUGUGCCAGGAGCCUGGAGGGCAGGGCUGAGGUCUGUUCAGUAAAUAGCAGAAGAAAAGUCAGUAAAG